CUGACCCAGAGAUUUAACACGUCAUAUCAAUCAACACUGUUCAUCGUAAUUAUCUUCUUGAUUCUUACAAAAUAUCGUUUCAGGUUCGUACUUUACAAAUUACCAGACAUCAACGAUCAUCCGAAUCCACUGGUGCAGAACGGAACGGCGUUUCUUUAUUUGGAUGCAAGCAUGACCGAAUGGACUAAUACACAGAAAAGUGUAUCUUCGCCGGACAACAACUUGGCCCUAACGUUACAACAGUAUUAUUCAAACAGAGAAAACAAAACAGUGUUGUAUUUGUUAUACAAUGAUCAAUUUAACGAAACGUCUAACAAAUUUGGGCAUACUAAAGGAUUGCUAUUGUUCGAUGAGAACACCGGAUUUUGGAUCGUUCACAGCGUACCGCAUUUUCCAAAUCCCAUAAAAUAUGAAUGGCCUUCGACGGCCACAACUUACGGUCAGAGUGUUCUGUGCAUCACUUUCGGCAUCGAUAGUCUAGAAGGCAUAACCAAACAACUGUUCUUCAAUCGGCCAGGUAUUUUCAGCUCAAACGUACCGGCAAAAUUUGUUAGGAAAUUUUCUUUCCUGCCAAUGAUUCUUGUCGGAGAAUUUCCUAAAGCUGCACCUUAUAGCAGCACCGUUUAUCUGAAGUCCUUGGCUGGAAAAGAGUUCGUCAGUUUUGCGAAAUCGAAGCGAUGGCAUAACGAAUUGUAUGCUGAUCAAGUGGCCGAAACUCUUAAAAGCAGUCUUUACGUUGAAACGUGGCGGAACGGUCCUGGCAACCUGCCAUCAUCCUGUGAAGGCAAAUACAAUGUCUUGAACAUCCAGACCAUCAAGCUGCCUUCAGAAGUCGAGUUCUUGACAAACCGCGACCAUUCGAAAUGGGCAGUUUCGAAAGUAGGAAGAAGCAACAAUAGCAAAUGGGUGUGUAUUGGUGACAUCAAUCGACAGGCACGUGGUCAAUAA